UUCACUGAAGACUGUGGGGGCGGUGUUGAUGUUACUGCUCAUCUGGGUCAUCUCCUUCAUCCUCGCUCUCCCCAACUUCAUCUGGCGAACUCUCAAACACCACGUCAUCAAUCUUCCAAACCUCUACUCCAUCAACUUCUGCUUCGAGGAGUGGCCGACGGAACACGGUCGAGGCUACUACAGCGUCUUCGUCAUUCUUGUGCAGUAUUGCCUGCCUAUCGUCACCGUCAGCGUUGCCUAUGCUAUGAUCUGCCGGAAGCUCAAGUUCAGGAUGGCAAACAGUACCGUCAGAUCGUCCAAGAAAGGUGAGAGGGACGACAGGAGGAUGAAGAAGACCAACAAGCUGCUCAUAACCAUCGCCCUCAUCUUCUGCCUGUCAUGGCUGCCCCUCAACCUCUACAACCUCGUCGUCGACUUCCACAACCCCUUCGGCGACGACAUGGAGACGAUGCUCGUCGUGUACGCCGUCUGCCACAUGAUGGGUAUGUCGUCGGCGUGUUCCAACCCACUCAUGUACGGUUGGCUCAACGACAACUUCCGUAAGGAGUUUCUGGAGAUCUUCAGUAGAGUGUUGCCGUGUAGGGAGCCCCAGCCCCAGCUGCAGGGCAGCAGGAGAGGUCAGGCCUUGGUGCAGGAGAAAACCACUCCCACGCCCUCCAAGUUGCCCGCCACCCCACAGGGCAAGGACGAGCGACCUAAGGUGCUUUACAUGAAGGCUAAAGAGGCGGUAGAAGUGAACGGCACCUGUGACACCCAGGGUGACGAAACCUACAUCACCCAGGUGGUCACUAACGCCACGCUGUAGGAAGAUUGGUAGUUGUGGCCGUGACCUGCCGUGACCUGUUGUGACCUGCCGUGACCUGUUGUGACCUGCCGUGAUCUGUUGUGAGCUGUCAUGAGCUGAUGUGAUCUACGGUGACCUGCCGUGAACCUGUCGUGACCUGCCGUAACUCUGUUUAAUCUUUUGUGACAACUCGUGAUUUGAUGUGAUCUGCUGUGACCUGUUGUAGCUUUUGACCUGUCGUGACCUGUGUCUAGUUACUAGAGUUAAAACAGGUAGCACAGGUAGCACAGGUAACAAGUGGAUGAUGAUGAUGACGACGUAAUGUGAAUAAACGAAGAAAAGAAGAUAUAAAAAGAGCAGAAAUCUGAUUAAAGUAACAAAUUAAUGUAAUCGGACAAGAUGGAAGUCCGGUUAUUUUUCAAACUUUGUUGCCGAUUCUAGCACAGCUUCCCCAAAGGCCGAUUUUAACACUCCCGCGAAGCCAAUUUCAGCAAAGCUUCUAACAAAGGCCGAUUUUAACGCUCCCAAGAGGCCGAUAUUAACACUCCCAAGACAAGACUUGUUCAUAUAGAAAUAUACAUAUGUGUGUGUACUGUAUAUAUUACAAUUGAUAUUAACAUAGUGUGUUUCUUUUAUAUAAUUCGGACAAUUACUGUGCCAAAACAAGAAUGUAUUGUGGUAAUUAACGUCACCUGUGUGUCUGUCCUACACCUGUACAUAGCUUCUUCUUAGAGAUAUAAAUAUAAAUCAUUUUGCUAUUUAGUAUUGUUAAGGAAAUUGGUUUUGUUUU